AUGAGAAAUUCCAAAAAAACCCUUCUCGUCGUUGGUGGUGGUUUUGCAGGCAUGACCAUAAUUACUUAGACCUAUAAACAAUUCAACAUCGUCUUAUUGGAUCAAAAAUCAUAUUUCGAAUUCGUCCCCUCAGUCUUCAAUGCUUUCAUUCAUCCAGAAUCCAUUUUCGAUCUAACCCUACAAUUCAAAUAGAGCAAAUUUGGAGUCAUCUUCAUACAAGGCAGAUUAACUCACAUUGAAGAGAAUAUAGCAUAUUAUGAAGGAGGCAAAAUAGAAUUUGAUUAUUGUGCCAUCACUAUUGGUUCCAACUACACAUAUCCUAUUAAGUCUGCGAUACCUAAACUAUCAGAUAGAUUUAUUGAACUUAAGAAAACUCAAUAAAAGAUCAUCGAUUCCUAAACUAUUCUUAUAAUUGGCGGAGGUACUGUGGGAGUAGAAUUGGCUUGUGAAAUCAAAGCAUCUUAUAAACAGAAGACAGUGGCUCUAAUUACAAGAGGGAAAAUAUUGUCGACCAUGCCUAAAUCUGCUUCUGAUUAUACUAAAAAAAGAAUGUUGGAUCUAGGAGUUGAAAUUUAAGAGAAUUACAAAGGACCUUCCUUAGAUUCGAAUUUUGAUUUAGUUUAUAAUUGCAAAGGUAAUACUUAUGACAGUGUUCGUCUUAAUGACAAUUUUGAAAUGUUUGAUCCAAAAAAACAAAUUUUAGUAGAUGAUUUCUAAAGAACUAGAACAAAUUAAAACGUAUAUUGUGCUGGCGACAUUUGCAUAACGAGCCAAAAUGAAACCAAAACAGCCUUUUCUGCUGAAAUGUAAGGAGAAAUUAUCGCCUAUAAUUUGAAGCAUCCAAAUAAACAAAUUAAAUCAUAUUGGAUACCCAAUACCUAUAUUAUAUCUUUGGGUGGAUGGAAAGCAGUCUUUGUAUUUGAAUCUUUUAGUUUUGGUGGCUUUCUACCUUACCUUAUGAAACUCUUCAUUGAAGUUGUUGUAGUCAAUGAUUUCAGAGGAAUCAUUGGAUUUAAUACUCUUCAUUAAAUCAUGAACUAUUUUGUCUAUGUGAUGCUCUAUAUCUAUAUGAUUUUGUAAUUGUUGUUUGCUAUUGCUCCCUUGGGAAGUAAAAUUAAGUAGGACCAAAGAGUUGAACUUAAAAGAAUUUAAUAAGAAAUUGAAGAAUUCAAAAAACAAUGA